AUUGGAUUUCCUCUACAACGCAAACUCGUCUGCUGAUCAGCUAGGCCAUAUAUUUGCGAGUAGGCGAGUAACAACUCAGAAGUUUUCUUGUGUCAUUAAUCGUAGACAAAACAGUCCGGUACCAUGGGGCAAAAAAGGGCAAGAGUAAAGUUUAGUCCAUCUGCACUCUGCCAGAUCGGACUCGACUUCUUUGAGUAUUUAAAUGAAUCGAAUCAAGCAUCCAUCACAGACAGAAUUGAACUGAGAGACAUUUACAAUACUGAGUUCAGACGCAGGACUCCAGGGACAAAAGAUCCAAACUUUGGUUCAGUCCUUUAUGCCCUGAAAAUGUCUCGCAAAAUCACAAGACGAAACGACGAGAUCCGCUUUAACUCUACGGUCAAAUCUUUUUACGUGGACCAGUGGCAUUCGCCCAGUGGUCAAACACCAGAGCCCGCCCAGUGUGGAGCAGCCAGUCCACUGAAUGAACAGAAUGCCGCCUCUGGAGAUGAAGCACAGACGGGAGUUCGAGCCCGCAGGAAACUGGCCGGUCUUCUGAUAACCAGCUUGAAAACAAACAGAGCUCAGUUCAUCUCUGACAAACGGGGGGUCUGCAUCAACUCUGAGCAUGAGUUUGACAACGGGACCCUUAGCUUGCGAGUGGAUGAAACAUUUGAGUGCGUGGUUAAUCUGUAUGUGGAAAACACUGGAACAGAAACGGUGUAUUUCACCUACUACACCCCACUGAACUGGAUGAAGUACCUCACUCUGAGAGAUGACAGACACGUGACCAAAGUCAAUCCUCUGUUGCUUAAACCAGGUCAACGUUAUGAAAUCCAGGUGACCUUCAAGUGCAGUUCGGUUGGUUUCUAUCCAGCUACACUCGCCUUUGAAUUCAAACCAGACCUGCAGCCGUCUACUACUGCCUUCCACAUUGUGCGCUACAUUGAGGCUCAGUGCAUAACUGCCUUAGGACUGGAGCUGGCACCUAUAGCCCCCUACAAACCUCGCUCACUCCCUGAAUGGACUCCUGAAGUCAACUAUACGGUUGUGGAUGGACAGCGACCUGAAGGGCUUUCUGUGAUGCAGCUAAAAAAUGUGGUUGAGCUGAAUCAGUAUAAAAUCCCAGCGUACAUGAACCAGCUCAUCCAGUCACUGAAGCAGACCACGCUCUUUUCUGAUAGAAGAAGGAACGUGUUGGAGAGUCCCUUGAGCUGGGAGAACUACUGUGAGAAGUUUCAGAUGCUGCUGUUUCUCGAGGAGCAACAGAUGGAGGUGGACAUCAAGAGAUACAACAUCCCCAAUGAUGAUAGAGAACUCGCCACCAUGAAAAAAGAUAAUGUCAACAAGAGACUUCUGGUUCUGGAGGUACCUGGUGUCUCGGAGAACCGCCCGUCCGUGCUCCCAGGGGAUGUUCUGCUGGCGUAUCCUGUGGGGGAAACAAAGGUGAAGUACCGCGGCUACGUCCACAGUGUGCAGCUGGACAGCGUUAGACUCGGCUUCAGUUCAGAAUUGCUGACUCGUUUUGUUGAUAACAUGAAGUUCCAUGUUGAGUUCACAGUCAACCGGCUGACUGUGCGUGUUCAGCACAGAGCGGCGGAGCUGGCGGCUGCACGCGGCCUGAAAGACGUGUUGUUCCCCUCUGCAGACGCCCUCUCCUCUUUUCAACCCGAACUUCCCCGACUCAUGCUGUUUGACUCAAAGCUGGAGAGAAACGAAGAGCAGUACAAAGCUAUACAACACAUUGUAGCUGGCACAUGCAAACCGGCCCCUUACCUGGUGUUUGGCCCUCCUGGAACAGGGAAAACUGUGACACUGGUGGAGGCUAUCAAGCAGAUAGAGAAGAAGGAGCCCUCCUGCCACAUCCUGGCCUGCGCUCCCUCUAACAGCGCUGCUGAUCUGCUCUGCAGCAAGAUCCUGGAUCAUGUGGACCGGCAUAAAGUGUUCCGCAUGUACGCAAGCAGCAGGGACCCCAAAUAUGUCCCAGAAGAAAUAAAGGAUUGCACUAACCUGGUUGGAGAGUGUUACCUUUUUCCUGCCAAAGAGAAGCUGAUGGAGUAUAAGAUCAUGGUUACCACCCUGUUAACAGCUGGCAGGAUGGUCUCAGGAAACAUCCCCGAAGGCCAUUUCACUCACGUGUUUGUGGACGAGGCAGGACAUGCCAUCGAGACUGAAUGCAUAGUCCCCCUUGCAGGGUUACUACAUGCGAAGUCUGGUCAGGUUGUUCUUGCUGGAGAUCCCAAGCAGCUUGGGCCCAUUCUCAGAUCUCCGUUUGCGCAGAAAUAUGGCAUGGGAGUGUCCCUCCUCGAGCGCUUGAUGAAAGACUUCCCUCUGUAUCAGAAGGAGGAGGGAGUGUUCAACAACAGCUUUGUCACCAAACUGCUGAAGAACUACAGGUCUCAUCCUGCCAUUCUGAAAGUUCCCAAUGAGCUCUUCUAUGACGGAGAGCUGCAGGCUAGCGCCGAUGAAAUGUUACGCAACUCCUACUGUAGAUGGCAACAUCUCCCGAAGCAGGGCUUCCCGUUGAUCUUCCAUGGUGUGAUGGGUGUCGAUGCACGUGAAGCCAGCAGUCCUUCAUUCUUCAACGUAGCAGAGGUGGAGACGCUCAUGAGCUACGUCAGGAAACUGCUGGAGACGCAAGGCAAGAGUCAGGGUACUCUUGCACCCAAGGACAUUGGCAUCAUUGCCCCCUACAGGAAACAGGUGCAGAAAAUCCGAAAGGCCCUGGAGAAAGUUGGGAAAGACUUUAAAUUUAAGGACAUGAAUGGCCUUAAGGUUGGUUCUGUGGAGGAGUUCCAAGGUCAGGAGAGGAAAGUGAUCAUGGUGUCUACAGUCCGCAGCAGCUCCAAUUUCGUAGAAAUAGACCAAAAGUUCAACCUCGGCUUCGUCAAGAAUGAGAAGAGAUACAACGUGGCUGUGACUCGAGCUAAAGCCCUGCUGAUUGUGGUGGGAAACCCCAGAGUGCUUAACACAGAUCCUACCUGGGCACGGUUCAUCCAGUACUGCCAAGACGAGGGAGGCUACACUGGUGUUGUCCAUGCAGAGGAAGAGGAGGAUGUAGUGAUACGACUGGCUGCUCUCUACUUAGACAUUGAGGCAACAGUGGUGACUGCUGAGAGUGCCAUCCAGCAGCAACUAGACCCCGAGUGGAGGAAUGACCUGUGAGAGGAAAGAAGCUCCCCAUCCUCCAUGCUGAACUUUGAAUCGAUGGAUUGUUUUUAUGUGGGGUAUAUUUCUAUCUUAGAGGCUUGAGACAAAAAGCAGGAAAACAAGGUUUCUGCAACUCACUCAAAUUCUCAGAAAAGGGCUAAAUGGAACUAGAAUUUAUUCUUUAUAUUUAUAUUUUAAAAAUAUUCUAAUAUAUUUGUACAAUCUGGGUAAUCUUUCAAAUGUCAGCUUUAUGAACUCGACCAAAGAUCAUCAAUGACGUAGAGGUGAAUGUUGUUCAGCACUGACACUUUUUCUUCUGAUACUUCAGGGAUUUGCAUUAACACUUUGAAAUUGACACAGCAGCACAUUUCCUCUCACUCUUUUAAAGUCACAGCAAAAUAUUUGGAGACUGUAAAUCUAAAAAGAAUUUUAACAAUAAAAAGUGCAAGUCUCAGGUUUA